AGUGAAACUUUUGAGGCCAUUUGUCAAACCAUUUCCGUGUAAACUCACUCGCUCCGGAGACACCAAAAAGCGAACCAUCGCCCCUGUUACUGACUGGCUCCGAUGCAGGCAGUGAGAGUAGAUCCGAGGGUGCCAGAGCCCACUCCAGAAAACGUUUCUGAAGGCCUCAAGAGAAGCCACCUGAACAAUGGGGUUCUUGAGACGUUUGCCCAAAAUAUGACAGAGAACAUUAUCCAGUCGUUUGUAAGCCAAAUGGAAAUGGUGGAACCUGAGGUGGACUGCAGCGUGUCCAGGUUUACUCAGAACCGGGAGAUGUUAGCCGAGGGGUUAGCCUCAGCUGUGAUUGAGGCUGCUUUGAGGGAGGCGUGUAGAGGUCAAAAUGUGGAGGAUCUCCGAGAAGGUCUCCAGAGUUCAAGAUCAGCCUGGGUGAAGAUGAAAGGUGGACGGGUUAAAAGUUCGAUGGACGACUUCGAGAGUGAAAGAGACUUUUCGGAGAUGGACACAGAGAUGGAUCCAGGCAAAGACAUCCAGACUUCCAAAGACACCCAAACCUUCCACCCACCUCUGUCCCAGUCGGGGCUCCCUGUCGUGGGAUCCCUCGACUACCCCGACGCCCCUCCAACCACGCCGCUCCUCCCAGAACUUGAAAGGAGCAGACACAGUUUCGCCAGGAAGCUAAAAGGAGGCUUGGCAAAGGUUUUCCUGCCUUCACCUCCUCCGCCAACGCCCAAGGACAUAGAGGGCGACUCGGAUGAUGCCGUCGAUGACGCCCGGGUGGAGCUGAUGGAGCAUCUGAUGCACUCGCUGCCCACAGAUGACUCGGCGAGAGACUACUUUGAAGUAGGAACUUACCACGAAGCCCACGUGGAGGCUUUCGCAGAGGCUGUUUCGUGCGACAUCAUCGACUGGGUCUUGAGCGGUAAAACCAGAGAGCAGGUAGCCGACGACAGCGAUCUUCACCUACUGGCGCGCCAGAUGGCUGAAACCAUCAUCGCCUCCUCUCUUGAUGAAGCUAAAAUCCUUUUCUAGUGUUUUCAUGUGACUAAUAUAUUUGUGAUGACUGGCGUGUAGACUCGCUUGAUAUCCACCCACACAAUAAUAUUGUUCUAUAAUCUCAGUGCUUUGACUAAAUUUAUUUCUCUAUAAAGUUCAGCUGAAGUUCUUCCAGAUGAAGAGUUUAAUGUAUAAAUAUCACCUAUUUAACGCAGGAACUGACCAGAUGAUCCAACAAAGAGAUGGCUGACGUAGUUAAAACAAACCGCGGAACUCGCAGUGACACAUGGAUCGCGGAGGUUGUAUAUUUUAGAUACCGGAUGAUGAACCUGAGGUCGUUGUUUUUGGUGGAGAAGAAGGACUUUGGCAGGGACACUCUUAUGGUUUUGAAUGCAGUUUUGACUGAGAUCCAACUGCAGUAACUAUAAAUGUCCUUUAGAUGGCAACACAGGAGCAAUGUGUGUGUGCAAUGGGUAUUUUCAGCAUAAGGUCAGACAUCAAUUGGAUUUAAUUUAAUUGUUUUUAUAUUAAUAUGCAAGUCAGAUUAUUGAAGCUCUAUUGUUUAUAACUUGUUUUUUAUUUGUGUUUUUUGAUCAGAUCUAUUCAAAUAAAGCCUUUAUUUUUUAAUAUUAA